AUGAGUGGUAUCAACAAUAAUAUUAUCAAUACUGAUGAUGAGUUUAUCCGAUGGGUGUGCAUAGAUAUCUUCAGUCAAUACGAGUUUGACGUGGAAUUGUUGACCAAUUGGCAAUUGGAAUUGAUCGAUUACGUCAAUGACGCACCCGCUUUAGCAUCCAUAAUACAAGGCCAAGUUAUCUUGGGAACUCCUAACCGGAACGUGGGCGUUGAGUACCAGAAGGUUCCAGAAGCCAUUGACAAGUUGUUUGCCGCUGAAAUGAUAUCAAUUGAGUUCAGAAACAUCAUGUUAGCUCUCAUAGUGCAUGUAUGUGACCAGUCAUAUUUUACAAAGGUAGGGUUACAUCGAAUAGGCUACCUUGAUCGGGUAAUAGUGAUGAUUAUAGACAUAAUGGGCACAAAUAGCAGUGGUGUACUGACUAGUAUAACGCAUUUGAUGCUGUUGGCGUUGAUCCUUAGUGAGUUUGGGGUAACUCAUCACCAACUCCAAUUGCUAAUGGAUGUAGUGUUUAGUAGUACCACUAACAGUGGUACUACAAAGAUUGUGGUAAUGGAUCUCCUUUCCCAAUUGUUUGCUGCGAACCCUUAUAAUGCUAGGUUAUUCAUAUUCAACUACCAGAACCCAUUGCCGUUCCCCUUGGUCAAGGAAAUGUCUACUGGUUGUUUCACCAUCUUGUCGUGGUUCAAGUUGGUUAGACUCGACGGUAGUGAUAGUUCUCCGGUGAGAUUGAUGUCUUUGGCUGGCAAUGAUAAGCUGUUUCUCCGAGUUCAAAUCGUCAAUUGUAACCAAAUGUUGGUGGAAUUGAUGGGUGAUGGUGGUUCAACGUUCCAAUAUUACUUCAAUAAGAUUUUGAAUUUGGAAGAUAAGUUAUUACAUCUUGCCUUUACCUUCGACAAACACUCAAAUCUUAGUCUUUAUGUUGAUGGUGAAUAUUGUGAGUCUCUACCUUGUGCCCAGGUAUCACGAGUGAUCCGAUCAUGGAAUAAACUUUAUCUUACUAACGAUGAACCUUUCAUGAUAACUAAAGAGGAAAUCAUUAUCAAUAACUUAAGUCUACUCGAUACUACUCUUCCAUAUGAGUGGAUCUAUAUGUUAUAUGCUUUAGGACCGGACUUUGACUUUGACUCUAGAAAUCUUCCUAAGGAGAAUAUAAGAGAUUUAUUGGGCCAUUUGUCAAAAGAGAAAUUGGUCAAUCUAGCUUAUAAGUUUAAUGACAAUUGUCUACCGCUGAUGCUGAUGCUGCUGAUGCUGAUGCUGCAGUUAGCCAAUAAACCUCUCGUCAUGAACCACCAAUCAUCAUUAUUAUUCCGAUCUGUGGAUCAACAAGCUAUAAUCAAAAAACUAUCUCAUAGCAUGCUAAAGGCAGAGAAUUACUUGUUUCAGUUGCAUGACACCAUCAACAACAAUAUCCAGGAAGUACCCAACUCAUUAUUGACUCAUCAAAAUCCAGCUUCACUCUAUGGGGCAUUUUUUGCCAUGGGAGGAACGAAUCUAUUGCUUCGACUAUUGGAAAUUUCUAUAAAUAUAAAGGACGAAACAUUUAGAGAUACCAUGGUUUACAAAACCCUUGAAUUGACAUUUACAACAUUGACGAAUUCAAGACGUUUAUCGAAAGAGUUUGAAUUAUCAAGUGGUCCAGGAAUACUUUUGUUGUUAAUGACAAAGUAUAAAGAUGGGUUUAGUAGUAAAUGCGAGUUCAAUUUAGUGCCAGAGUUAAAGAAAAGUGAUUACAUUCCAAAUUUACUUGAUAUGGUAUUGAGUUACUGUGGGAUUGAUCGUUCUAAUCCAGAAGAUGCCAUUAUCUACGAUGCACUGAUAUAUAAAUCGAUGAUAUUGAGUUUUGAUUUAUAUUCCAAGAGUCAAAGAUUUGAUGACUUGAUAAAGCACAUAAACUACCUUCUUAUCGACUCCAAAUACUCUGAUUUCAAUAUACAAGAGUUAAUAAGGAUGAAGUUCUUAAGAAAGUUCAUUACCUUCUUGGAAUCUGAGGCAUUAACAUACUACAACGAAACCACAACCAAGUCACUACUAUUAUCGGCUUGGAAGAACAUUAUUAUGGCUGAUCCAUCUGUGGAAUCAAUUAAAUCCAUAGCCAGCUUCAUUUUGCAUUCUCUAUAUGCUUCUGAAGGUAACACAGAGAUUGGAAUUAUUGUCUUAAAUGCCCUAGCAGAUGUCUCCUGUGAUAGUUCCUGCUCAAUCAAGGUACUAAGAAAGUUCUCAAGAGCAAUAACCAUACAUUGGAUACUCUUGUUGUUUAGAUUCGAUGAGUCCUUGGAUGUUGUUCAAUAUGCUUAUCGACUUUUAAUGAGGUUAUUAAAUGUUCUUGGUCCUCAAAUAUGCAAGCAAUUUUUCCAAAUGAAUAGUGGAUUGGAUAUUUUAACCUUCCAUCUCAAGGAGUUUUGGGCUAAUGAUGGAUUAUUUGUUCGAAUCUUCAUGUCAUCGUUCGGCAUUGAUAUUGGCAUUUAUAAUGGAGAACUGCUUGCCAAUGUUAUGGAAAAGUUCUCUAGCUCCAUCAAGAAAAUAGUGAUACCUGAAACAAUAGUUCUUUCCAACAGCAUGGUACUAAAUGCUCUUUAUCGCCUACGGUUUAUGCAUGGAAGAGCAUUGAACUCGCCAAGAAAUAGCUUUGAUCCUGAUGUCUUAACUACGUCCUUCGAUGCCUUAAGACUUACAAAUGUCUAUCUUGAUGCUAUCAAUUUUGGAUUUGAAAACAUUACCUCAUUACAUGAGUUCUUUAAGUCGAAAGUAUGGUUAGAUGGAAUUGUGGAGACCUUGGGACAUCUUCGGCUUUGUAAAGAUUUCAUCAAAGGAGAAUUGGGUGAGAACUACCAGGAAAGUUAUAAGAAACUCACCAGAAUUAUAAUGCACAUAAUUGUCAGUGAUAUUCCUUAUUUCACUCAGAAUGUUUAUUCCCAGUUGGAUGAAUUGACCAAGAAAUUGAUUUUGGAGAGCAUUUUGCCCUUGGUCUUUGAACAUAUGAACCAUUUUUUGGCAGUUUCAAAGCAUAUAACAAACGAAGGGAAGUAUUUGAAUAAUUUGGUUUCUAUCAUUGACAUUUACAAUACAUUUUUGAUGUCUGGUAACAUCGCCAUUAUGGAUAAAGAUUUGCAAUUGUUUCUUGAGUGCACUGUUUGUGUUAUGGAGCAGCCUAAUGCCUCCAAAUAUAAGAAAUUGAAUGGGAUUCUAGGUGAAGGUUUAAUUCGUUGGGUAUCUCAAUUUGAUGAAGAUUCCUUAACUGCUGAAUGGGAAGUGCUAACAAGAUUCUUUCUCUUUAGACAGUCAACCAUAACGAAGAAGGAAAUAUUGGAUGCUAACACUCUAUUCAAAUUGAUUGUCAUUUACUUUGGAAAGUUUGUUAGUGCUGAUGAGGUGAUAAGACACCAAUGUUUCCAUGAUGUGUUCAACUUCUUAAGAACGUGCUACAUCAUGUAUGGGCCGAAUUUGGAGGGCCAACUCAAUAGAAUCGACGGUGACGAUUAUAAAGAUACGUUGCUCGACUUUUUCAACGAGCUUUGCGUCAAAAAUGAUGAAGAAAUGAUUCUGAAACUAGAACGAUACCCAUUCAUAUCAAGGAUCAUUGCAAAGUUGGGCCAACAAUUCCAACGUGGUUCCAUUAGAGAUAAUUGGGUUAGCAUCAAUGGGAUGUUGGAUGUGGCUCAAAGUCAAGGUGGCCGACUUUUUCAUUUGAAUUUUGUUGAAAUUGAAAACUUUAGGAAGGAAAGUGAACAGUUGAAGUUACAAAUCCUAAGCAUUGAGCUGCGUAACAUCAACAGAUCAAAUCAAGACAGGAAGGAGAAUUUUAAUUUCUUCAUUUCGAAUUAUCAUACUAUUAAACUUGAAGUAUCAAGACUAAUGGAAAGCAAAAUUAGACAUGGUAACCCUAGUCUUGUGGUUGACUUGAUUGAGAACACAGAACGUAUGAGAAGCAGGCUAUUGGUUGAGAACCUGCUUUCGGACUCGGAGAAAUUGCUGUAUAAUCUUGAGAUUCCAAUUAAAGCCGGUCCAGUUGAACAUUCUAUUGAAAAUUUGAGGGAUAAUAUAAAUGGUUUGAGUAUAUCAAAUGUCUAUGAUCCAACAGAUAGAGAGUCAUUUGAAAUAGUUGACGAUUGUGAUUACGAACAAUCAACCGAAUCCAAUGGAGAUGAGAAUAAGAACAGGAAAGUCAUCAGAAGCUUAUUUAUGGGAGAUUUGAUAGUAGCCUUAUGGAACGUUAGUCAAAUCAAUGGGUUGGUUCCAGUGGAAAGUCUAUUAAUUCUUGGGAAAGACUUUUUAUACUUGAUUCUGAAUUAUUAUCUUUGUUCCAAUGGUAAUGUCAUCGAUGCUCUGGAAGCUACCGAGGAUAUAAGGGAUCUGUAUGUUCAAUUGAUUAAUUCUCAAUCCAGCAAGCUAUUAAAGGAUGAAGCAAGGACUCAUGUGACUAAGAAUUGGCCCUUAGAUAAGAUAAGUUGUAUUUCCAAACGACAAUUCCUUUUAAGGGAUGUUGCUAUGGAAAUGUUCUUUUCUGAUGGAGCCAGUAUCUUGAUUACCUUCAUUUCCUCACAGGAAAGAGACUCGGUUUAUAAUAAACUUCAAACAUUUGCAACUUCCAAUGGUAUCGAUGCUGAUUUAUCUGAAGCUUUAGAGAUGUCGCUGUAUUUGGCAACUUCAUCAAGAUCAUCCUUCAAUGUUUCUUCACAUUUCUUUUCACAAACUUUCACAUCUAUAUCCAAUCCAUUUGAAGCAACCAAAAAGUGGAAGAACGGCCAAAUGUCCAACUUCUAUUACUUGAUGAUCAUUAAUACUAUUGCUGGGAGAACAUUCAAUGAUUUAACUCAAUACCCAAUAUUCCCCUGGGUUAUUGCGGAUUACACUAGCGAAGAAUUGAACCUCAGUGACCCCCGAACUUAUAGAGAUUUGUCAAAGCCUAUGGGCGGACAGUCAAUAGACAGAGCAGACAGAUUCAAAGAAAGAUUUGAAGCUUUGAAUAGUUUGAAUGAUCCCAUGACUCCACCGUUCCAUUACGGAACCCAUUAUUCAUCUGCCAUGAUUGUUACCUCCUAUUUAAUAAGGUUGAAACCAUUUGUUCAGUCGUACCUAUUAUUGCAGGGUGGUAAGUUUGAUCACGCUGAACGACUAUUCAGUUCUGUUGAAAAGGCAUGGGUAUCAGCAUCGCGUGAUAAUACAACUGAUGUUAGAGAGUUGACUCCGGAAUUCUUUUAUUUGCCUGAAUUCUUAAUGAAUGCCAACAAUUUUGAAUUAGGUCACUAUCAAUCUGGUGAAGCUGUCAACGACGUUGAACUCCCUGCAUGGGCUCAUGGAGACCCUAUGAUAUUUGUUGCAAAGAAUAGAGAAGCGUUGGAAAGUCCUUAUGUCUCUGCUCAUUUACAUUUAUGGAUAGACCUUAUCUUUGGAUUCAAACAGAAUGGCCCGGAAGCUAUCAAGGCAUUGAAUGUGUUCCAUCAUUUGUCAUAUAAUGGUGCUAUUGAUUUGGACAAUGUUAGAGAUGAGCUUGAAAAGAGAGCCAUCAUUGGACAAAUCAAUAACUUUGGCCAGACUCCCAAUCAAAUCUUUACCAAACCACAUCCUGAGAAAGUGGUAUUGAACACUCCAGGCCUUUACUGCACAUUUUCAAGUGUAGAACCAACGCUUGAGUUUGUAUCCAAGUUGAACCAACCCAUCACCAGCAUUGAGAGAAGCAAAUCAAGUUUAACAGGACGUCCCAAUUGUGUAUCCUCAGAAGAUGGAAUGUUGAUUCGGAAAGCUUCCUUUUCAGAUCAGUGCCGGUCACUUCUGAUUGGCAAUUCAUUAUUCCUCAAUGUUCAUCAAUCACCAAUAACUUUUGUGAAGCCAGUUGGAUUCAAAGUAAUACUAACCGGUUCCAAAGAUGGCUUGAUUUGUGUGUGGAGGUAUGUUUCCAAGUCGCUGAAUUUAUUGUUGAUCACCUGUUUGAGGGGCCAUUCUUCAGCCAUAGUACUGAUCAAAACCAGUAAGAGUUUCAAAGUUGGUCUAAGUGUGGAUGAAAAUGGGUUGGUACUUAUGUGGGAUUUAGCCCGAUUCAAGUUUAUUAGACAAUUCAAACCACCACCAGAUGUAAGUCCCAAACAGGUAUUUGCAGCCAUAUCCAAUGAUACGGGUAAUAUUGGUCUUUUUUACAAUGGUGAUAAAAAAAUCCUUCUCUUGGUGAACAUCAAUGGUAGGCAAAUUUUGCAAGAGAAGUUCACCGAUUUGGAUAAACCUGUAGUAGGCAUUGGGUUUGGAACCAUAAAUGAUACAGCAGUGCUCACUUCAGGAAAGAAGGUCUUAAACAAUCAUGUGUAUUGGGCACAUGAUCUUGUGACCAUUUGGUUGGAAAAGGGUGUUCUUGUGCAUGAACUUGGAUGUAAAGACAAAUGGACACUUCGAUGCGUUAAUGCACUUGACUUCUCCGAACAUGUCCACGGAGUUAUUUCUUCGUUAGAACUUUUGAAGAUGACACAAGUGGAUUCUCAUGAUAAGCUUUGCAGAGGUCAUUUAAAGCUUAUCUUGGGGGAUUCCAGGGGAAAAGUGUAUUCAUGGUAA